UUGUCAUGCUGGUUAGGGGUGCUCUUCCUUAGAGAAAAUAAAAAGCUUAUAUAUAAAAAUAGCACGUAUGCAGGUGUAUAUCGCGUGUGAAACACUGGUGUGCAGUGCUCUAUACAGCCAACAGGGAGCAUCGUUGCUAGGAGACGGUUCAAUACACAAUAUGCUAAAGGUUUUUUGUAACAAAAGUCUCCAUAAGCUCUAAAAUCGAAUUCAAGCUAUUUGGAAUAUAGAGAUGGAUUUUGGAUCUUUGGAGUCAUGUCUUCCGAAGGCCAGAAUUUUGUUAUGGAAAGACCUGAGUUAUGGUGAUGCAGAAGAAAUCAGCAAGACAGAAUCCAUACCAGAGAUUUCAAGAGUUUUGUGCCAGGCCUUACACCUUGAUGCCCCUGAGCCCAAGAAGGAGAUUCUGCUUGAUCUGUACACAAACCUAGUGCUGUUCUGUAAGCAGCAAACGUUCAGUAAAGAGCAAACAUCUGUUCUUCUGUCCAUCGUAAAGAACAUGCAUCAGCUUAACACAGAAACUCCUGUCAACAACAUGGACCAGUGUUUUACAUACUGCACUGAGCUUCUGCUUUGUCAUUCUGUCAGAAGACCCCCAUUCAGUAUUGAUCUAUUCAAUUCAGAGCAACUGAUUGAAAUUAUGAAAUAUCUCAUCAACACAUAUAUGAGACACUACAUGCUUUACAAGUAUGUAUUUACACCUCAGAUGUAUUUGGAUUUAUCUUUGUCUUAUACUGGAAUGCCUGAGGAGCUCACAACAGAACAACUGGAAACCUCUGAAACAGUGAACGAAAAUGAAAAUAAAGCAGAUGGGGCAAGUGAGCAAGAGAUGGAUUCUACAGAAAUCCUGCUUGAGACAGAGGCAUCUAAACAAGAUCAAUAACAAAAGGACAUGCUGAGGUCAAUCAUACAAAAGGAAGUAAAGGAGGAAGUGUUUCAUUUGAAAAACACUUGCAGGAAACGAGUGUUCAGCUGAACACUCAAUUCACUGGAGACUAAACUACAGCCUAAAAAGUAAUCACAUCUAUCAUUGUCCCUGUAAAAUAAUAUAAAAAUGAACAUUUCUAGCUGUUACUGGAGCUUAUGCUGGAAACCAUAUCUACAAAUGAUUAUUUUUUUCGAUUCUCAGGACAUAUAUAUAUAUGUCCUAUGUGUGUGUGUAUUUGCAAAAAUAUCAGCUAUAUAUUCUUAAGUUCUUUCUUUAAAAAAACAAACAAACAUUUUAAACAAGCACUCUUUCCAGUUUUAAAAAUGUAAGAAUUUAUUUAAUUAAUCAUGUUCAGAAUAUUAAAACAGAUAAAUUACACAUUAAUAAAGGAGUAUAACAGCAA